GCACGCAACUCGCAUCGCAUCAUUGUACUGGUGACACCCGCGACGCGCAGACGCCAUGACAUUUAUUGUUUGAAAUAAAAAUUAUAACGUUCGUUUUUUUUUUAAAUCAAAACGUGUUCAAAAUAUAGUUUUUAUAUAUAUCAGUAUAAAAUUUAUUAAAAUUAAUAUAGAUAAAUAUAAGGUGUGCGUCUUUUUUUAAUUAUUGGUGAUUUUUACGGAUUUGAUUUUUUUAGUAUCAAUUUUGGACUGUGAUAAGUGAUUGUAAUUUAUUGGUGGUUAUAUUGAUUCCCGAUACAAUGGCGCCAUCUCUUAGCGUGAAGGAGUACUAUGCAAACAAAACAAUAUUCAUCACGGGAGCAACAGGCUUCUUGGGGAAGGUUUUGAUCGAGAAGCUUCUAUAUUCAUGUCCUGACUUGAAGAAGAUUUAUCUUUUGAUGCGGCCGAAGAGGGGGCAAUCUUGUAAAGAGCGCUUGGACGCGUUCGUCAAUUGUAAGGUGUUCGAAAGGAUCCACUCAUCAUGCCCGGACCGGCUGGACAAGCUGCAGGUGAUCCCGGGAGACAUCCUGGCGGAGGGCCUGGGCGUCAGUCUGGAAGACCGGGAGCUGCUGCAGAGGGAGACACAGGUUCUGUUCCAUGGAGCCGCUUGUGUCAGAUUUGAUACGCCCCUCCGUGAAGCUGUCGACCUGAACACAGUUGGAACAAAGAGGGUGCUAGAGUUAGCUGACCGGAUGACUCAGAUUGAGGUGUUCGUCCAUAUCUCGACAUCGUACUGCCGCUGUGAGGUGCCCGUGCUUGAAGAGAGGCUCUAUCCUGCCAACCACAGACCUCAGGACGUGAUGUCUUGCGUGAAGUGGAUGGACGAUGAGUUGCUGGCUCAUUUACAGCCAAAGCUGAUCCACCCGCAGCCGAACACGUAUGCUUACACCAAGAACUUGACUGAGGACCUUGUGAGCCAGAACGCUGGCAAAUACCCGAUCGUCAUUGCGAGGCCGUCUAUCGUGACAGCAGCGCUGAAGGAGCCCAUGCCAGGCUGGGUGGACAACCUCAACGGACCUACUGGACUGCUCGUCGGUGCCGGGAAAGGUGUGAUCAGAACGAUGCACUGCAACGAGAAUUACGUCGCCGACGUCGUUCCCGUGGACAUCGUAGUCAACGCCUGCAUCCUGCUGGCUUUCUGCACGGCGCUUGAGAAAUCAAAGGAUAUCCAGAUCUGCAACAUAACCCAGUCUGGGAUCAACCCCGUCACGUGGGGAGGCGCUCUUGACCUGGGUCGUAUCAAAGUCCAGGAGUAUCCUUUCUCCGUAUGCCUGUGGUACCCAGGGGGCUCCCCCAAGAGUUCCUGGCUUCAGCAUCAGGUGGCGCUGUACCUCACACAUCUACUCCCGGCUUAUUUUGUGGACUUCUUGCUGUUCCUGUUGGGGAAAAAACCUUUCAUGGUGAAAAUCCAGAAGCGAGUGAACUACGGGCUAGAAGUGCUGCAGUAUUAUACCACCAAGGAAUGGCAUUUCAAGAACGACAACUUCCUGGCGCUGAGGAAGAAGGUCUCGGUGGAAGAUGACGAGACAUUCUACACGGAUCUAAACGAAAUUGACUGGAUGGAAUAUAUAGGCUUCUACAUCAAGGGUGCGCGGGAGUUCUGCAUGAAGGAGGACCCAGCCACCAUACCCCAAGCCAAAAGACUUCAAAAACAGUUAUACUACCUGGACUGGGUGACCAAAAUAGUGCUCUACUCGCUAUGUAUAUACUUCAUAUACUAUUAUAUAAAGAUGUUUGUAGGCCCCGCUAUAAAUUAAUAUUAAUUUAGUUCUAAUUAUUUAAUACAUAGGUACUUAUACUCAAUAUUGUAAA